AUGGUCGGUCCAGCUAUAGAGUUCUUUAAAAAACUGGAGUUGUGGCAGAACAAAGAGAACGUUGAGGAUAGUAACGAGCCAGAACCAGGUGUUUGUGUGGCUCGAAUUCUUUCAAAAAGCAAAAAGGGAAAACUGAUAUUGAAGCAUUAUAAUGAACGCAAAACCCUUAGCUCACAAGUGAGAAGAGAGCUAAGUUCUGUAAUAGUCGAGUACUUGCUUCAAAAAGAUCUUAAACCUAGGCAGAACCUGUUGAAGGAGAUUGCCAACCAAAUAACUGAUAUAUUUGAUUCUGAGACGGCUGACACAUACUUCUUGAAGAGUAAAGGAAAGAAACCGGGCGGCCUGCUGUACAGCCACUAUUAUAAUAUAAAGGCCAAAUAUAGUACUGGAAAAGUCCCCAAGCCUUUAAACCAAAACGUUUCUCCAAAUAUGUUAUUGUCUUCCCAAAAAACUGAAGUCGAAUUGAAUUUACAAUGGCUUAAAUAUAAUAUUGAGCCCUUGGAGUCUGUGCUAAGGUGCUGGAAUUCCACAUUUGACUGGAGAAGCAAUUUCCUGAAGUCGGAUGCCAAUCUGCUUGAUGUAUUUGAAGAAUUUCCAAUUUUGACACAAUCCUUCGGAUUCAAGCUGAUCGAAAACGACUUUGAGGCUUUAUAUCCAGCUUCUUUUAACAAUUUUUCGCAAAAGUGGGACGAGUUUAAGUCAAAAAUUGUUCCCCUUUUAAGAGAGAAAGUAAAGGAACAACAGGGUAAGAUCCUGCUUAAGUCUUUGGAAAGCAACGGUGAAGACAUACAAACGACUUUAAUUUGGCUUGCGAUUCAUUCAGUGUUGGUGCCAACCUCGAGGACAAAAGCAGACGGCGAUAGCAAGACAUUUAAACACACAAUUGCGGAUUCGCGAGGCCGUUUCUUGGUUUGGAAGGCUACUGUUGGGGAACUGCAAACACAUUUAAAGAAUCUUACGGAAAACUGCUACUCAGGAAAGCAGAAACUGCAACCGUUCAUCUGCAGCGUGGGAACAAGCCCAUUUUACCUUACAGAGUUUUCAGUUUACUUAUCAGGUGUUUUUUAUAGGAUGCCAAAUUUAUUAAGAAGCAUUGAAGUGUGUUUCAAAAUAUUUUUUGUCCUAAACCUCGAGUAUCCCCCGGAAUGUACAUUAGUGUGGUCAUUGAUACAACAACAUUUUUAUGAAAUUCAUUUGAAGUCUGAUAAGAAAAGCAAAGCUCUCUCUGAACUCUUAAACGAUUUUAAAAACUUUAGAAUGUAACCAUUUUAGGCAUAAGUUUUCAU